ACCAGAGAGGGCGAGGCCUUAGGGAUUUUCGCUGCGGGCUUCACUGAGCGGUGUUUGGUUACCAGGUUGGGGUCGAGAUGUCCUACGUCCCGGGCCAGCCGGUCACCGCCGUGGUGCAAAGAGUUGAAAUUCACAAGUUGCGUCAAGGUGAGAACUUAAUCCUGGGCUUCAGCAUUGGAGGUGGAAUUGACCAGGAUCCCUCCCAGAAUCCUUUCUCAGAAGAUAAGACGGACAAGGGCAUUUACGUCACACGGGUAUCCGAAGGAGGCCCUGCGGAAAUUGCUGGGCUGCAGAUUGGGGACAAGAUCAUGCAGGUGAACGGCUGGGACAUGACGAUGGUCACACACGACCAGGCCCGGAAGCGGCUCACCAAGCGCUCGGAGGAGGUGGUGCGUCUGCUGGUGACGCGGCAGUCGCUGCAGAAGGCCGUGCAGCAGUCCAUGCUGUCCUAGCAGCCGCCAGGGCCCCCGACUCGUGCCUGCCCGCCCUCUGUACAGCGACACCACUUCCACGCUCUGUCUGCCCCUCGUCCUGGCUUCUGCUCAUUGCUGGGCCCCCGCCUAGAAGGGCAAGAGCUGGUCCCAGAGGCCUGACCUGCCUUCCCCUCUCCCGCCACGGGCCUGAAAGUCUGGGACCAGCUCUCUCCCUUGGACACUGAGGACUGGAAGCAAGGGCCUGGAGCCGAGUUGGAGUCAGUCCCCAGUCUGUGACCAAGGCU